AUGCAAAGUAAAGACACAACUUCUGAUGGUGACGCAGAUCAAGGCGUUAGCCCAACAUUCAUACGUAACACUAUGAUAAGCAGCACUAUGGUCAGUGGAGAAGCAUCUGAAACUGAUGAAGAAGAUGAUGAUGAUUUUGACAGUAAACAAAGGAAUGCAAAUGAAGACGAAGCAGAGACUGAAAAAACACAUUUUAAAGACGAGCAAGAACUUGACACUGAAGUGCAAGAGUUUGAGUUAGAGACAGGUGCAGAAGUUAAGACAAGAAGGCAGAAGAUAGUUUACAAAUUUGAUUCGUAAGUACCCAUUAAAUGGCCUUCUAGAAGAGCACAAAAAACUAUUAGAAAAUGACACUCUAUUUCCAGGAAAUCACAUUUAAUUGAAGCGAAAUAAUUGUCCAUGGUGCUGCAAAGUAUAGGAUUUGUCUACAGCAGACAUAGCAAAGAACACUUGCUCUUUGGGUUAACAAUAUUUUUAUAAAAUUAAACAGCCUUUUAUUCAACCCUUCAGAAAGUAAUUAAUUUUUAUAUGGCCAAACCAAAUAUCAUUGAAACAUGCUAUAAAGUGUUCCAUGCAUGGCACAGGUUUCAACAAAAUUAAUCAUUAACCUUGCAUUUGCUAGGUGCUUCAGGCCUUGCACUUCUUAAGGAAAAAUAAUAAUUAUUUUUCCUAAUAGAAGUGCGAGGCCUGAAGCGCCUAAUUAUUAUUGUAGUAUUUGUGUAGUGUCUUGCACUAAAUGAAAAUGUGUUUUUUUUCCUUCACAUGUUGACACUGUUUAACUGCAAAUCACAAGACCAUUUCAUCGAAAGCUAAGUAGGUACCUUUUUGAGACCCUGGCUUUUAUAACCUUUCACUAUUAAUAGUGGGGUACACAGUCAUAUGUAAAAAAAUGGUAAAAAUUCAAUUUUUUUGCGAAAAAAUCUUCAAAAAAUAUAAACAGUACUAUGCAAAAGUUGUGCCGAAUAGGUUUCAUUUGAAUGAUAACAUCAAAAGUACCAUGUGAAAGUACUGCUGAAGAGGUUUCAUUUGAAUGGUCAUACCAUACGAUUUCGUCCACAGACCCAAAAGUUGGAGCAAUCUGAUUAGUCUCUCUCCUUCUGUUUUAGAGUGAAGGGAUUAAUGUCUUCUCAAUGAGACUAUAGAGGGAAUUCCUCUUUUGUCACAGUACUGAUUCACAUACAGUGCAUACAAUGGUGUAUAAAUAAUUAAUUAAUGGUGUCCUUUUUAUAGGAGAAAGAAAUCUAGAAUUGCGAAGUGACCUUGUUGAGGGAUUAACCCAUUGUUACAAGUCGGCAGGGACCAGACUGGAAAGCUCCACAUUUUAUCUUAGCAGAGCACAAGCAGCAGCUCAGGUAAAAAUAAUGCCUUUUAGAGACAGUAAAGGAACUGUGAAGUGCUAACAACAUUAUCAGUUGGCCGGUGGACAUCCUCCAAAAAACACAAACCACAGCCUUGUUUUGUCAUGUGCCUGAGUCCAUGAUACUAUCAUCUGAUAGUGCAGGGGCACCCAAAGUCAACUUUCGGAAAAUAUCUGUUUGGAAGACGAUUUGAGAUCUAGAAUUUUCGGAACAUUUGUUGUAAAAAUCUUUUGCCUAUUCCUAAACAGUAAAGGAACGUCUGAAAAAUGUUAACAACAUUUUCAGUUUUUCAGUGGGUAGGUCACCUAGAAUUUUCAGCCUUUUAUUCUGGCUGAAAAUUUUCGAAAUGGUUAGUUUCCAUCCCUAUAAUUUACGGAUCAAAGACUUUCACCUAGGAAAUCCGAACAGAUGAAAAAUUUUUAGGGAUAAAAAGUGGACAUCCUUCAACAAAAACUUAAAUACAACCUUGUUUUGUUUAUGUGGUUUUGAACUAUAUUCUACUAUCAUCUAAUAGUGGUCAGUAUAUCACUCAUUUUAUCAGGUUUUCCCUUGAUGGGAUGGACAAAUUUAUUUUUGCUCAAGUAACAACCCAAAUUUUGCUGUUGGAAUUAAAAUAUAACAGACUUUUUUGUCCAUAGAGCACAGAGCCUCAUUAAUAAUAAUGUCCCUGGAAACUCUCUUCAUUCUUCAUUUUAUGAUUCACGCAAUGAUGAAAAGUGCAAAAAUUUGGACUGAUGAGCUAGACCAAAUAUUAGUCUUUAAAGGUAUCCUAGUUUUUAAAAGACCUUUGAAAACUCGUGAAAUUUGAAACACCUUUCUCAGCUUUUUUCAACCACUUGUCUAAAAUGAAUUUAGGUCACGUGACAAUGCUGAGCCAACUCAGUCACUGUAGAAGACUGAGCGAGGCAGUCGAAAAUUUCUAUUUUUUUAAAUAUUCCUAGUGAUUAGCAUUAUUAUUCUAUAACUACAUAGGCAAUAACUUGUUUUUUUUUUUUUGUAUUUCAGGAUGUCUCACACAACACAAGCCUGAUGCUGGAAGAUCUCACACAUCUCUCAACAUUAUUGGAGAGCAUUCUCGCAUCAGAAAAGCUGUUCCCUCUUAAUGUUAAUGUCAAAUAUCAAUCGAAGUCUGCCUAA